CCUUCAUGUGCUGCGUGAUUGUAUCUUUGUGCAGGCCACUUGGGUUCGUCUUCUCAGCUACCCCACCCGUCAGAUUUUUUUUCUCGCAGUCUUUGCGGGAACGGCUAUAUCUCUGAUCUGCGCACUCGACCUCGCCUACGUCAUGGUAACUUGGAUGUCUCUAUUGAUGGGGCGACCAUUUUCAGUGUUGGAUGUUGGUUUAUGUGGAAAUGGCGCCUCUUUCUCUAUCUCCCAUUCACAGUUGGCUCUGCACAAAUAUAUCUUCCUCAUUCUCUUCUGCUCUAGGCAUGGAGUGGGGCAUCAUUUUCUCCUUUUUGCAAUAUGGAGUCUCUGGAAGAACAGAAACUCUAUGAUCAUCUUCUCACACAAACCGCUUCCUGGGAAUUUUCGAACCUAUAUUCUUCAAGUGGCAGCUGAAUUCUCGGCUUCAAGGAAGCCCUCUGUCCAAUGCCGGCAAAACUGAAUUGCAUAUUAGAUGGGAGGUCCCUCCUGAAGGCUUUUUCUAAGCUUGGCACGGACGGCUCUUCGAAGGGAAAUCCAGGGCGAGGUGGUGCAAGGGGCUUGAUAAGAGAUCAACUUGGCAGAUUGAUUUCAGGCUAUCACAUGAACUUAGGGAACAGCCACCACAAGUACUGUCGCUGAACUUCAAGCCUUACGAGAGGGCCCUUCCCUUGCAGCUAACCUGAAUAUUAGGAGACUGAUUGUUGAAAUGGAUGUAAAAUUGAUUAUUGAAUGGGUGUGGGAGCUGAUUCUCCCAAUCUGGUCCUUAAAGACCUCAUUGCUGAAUGCAGGACCAUGGGUAGGCUGUUCUUGUACUAGUCAUCUGGGUUGGGUUCCCCUCAGCUGCUUCUCUUCUUAACAAAAUCAUAUGUUCAUCUUUCCCAGUUGAGUUGAAGCGACAUCCUGUCCUGUCCUGUCCUGUCCUGUGAUAUGGCUGCUAGUGCUCUCCAGUGUCAAGUUUGCUGUCAGGAGCCAUCCAAGUACAAGUGCCCCUCCUGUUACUUACCUUAGUAAGCACCAAACACAACGCACAGGAAAUCCCCCACUUUCCCUUUUCCUUUUCUUUUUUUUAGUCUGAACUGAAUGCUUGGAUAGAGGAAAGCUUGCUAUGUUGGUUGUUUGGAGCCCCUUUUUUUUUUGUUUAAUCAAGUGCCCUUUUGUUUGCUGCUGUCUCUUCUGCAGCUGUUCCCUGGCCUGUUUCAAGAGACACAAAGAAAUUCCAUGCGCAGAGCCCACACCCUCGGUCGUGAAACCAAUGUGUGAUGUUUGAGGUACAAAUCACUUUGAUAAUCUUCCAUAAGAGCAAAAAGUUCUGUUUGUGGGAACCAGUGAUUGAUCAAGAAGAGUCUAAAGAGAGGCCCUUGAGGGUUGACGACCCGAGUGAGGUAGCAUUGCAGGAGCAGCUCAAAUCCGUAGCUGCUUGUAGCGAACUUCGCAAUGCUGUCAAAAACGAAGACCUUCAGAGACGUAUCCGCAAGAUUGAUUCUUCGGAAGAUGCAGAGACUGAACUUGACAAAGCGAUGGAAGGGGAUGUGUUUCGGACACUUAUGGACAAGGCACUCCCUCCUAUUGGAACAAAAUGCGUAUUACGCAUUGGUGCAUCGUGCAAGCAUGUUGAAGUUCUCGGGGAUUUUCUGAAGCCUAAGGAGAAUCGCAUAGUGCCGGUUUUGGUUCGGAACGAUUCCAAUUCCGUGCUUAAACAUUGUGCAUGAAAGAUCACAGUCGGGAAGUGCUACCUAAGCGUAUUUUCAUUGUAUUCAGCAAAAGAAAAGGGAGAAAAUGUCCUCCCGGUGACAUGUAUAAGAACUUUCUGAGAAGAGUUUACGCUUUCAGCAAUACCCUGAGGAUGCAAACUGUGAUCACAGAGGCUCUGAGAUGCUCGAUCAAAAACACUAGAUCCGAAGGUUACUGGAAGCUUUUGCUUCCCGGAAUUGCUUUCGCGGGUAAUUUCCAUUUUCUAUCUCUGAAAAUAUGGGGAGUUUAACGAUAAAGAUGCUAGGUUUGAUC